GAAAGUAAAUCCCUUCAAAAAGUUCCCUCAGCUGCGGCUUCCAAGUUGUGCGAAUCGUUUCACCUGAACAGCUUCACUCCCUGGUCCCGGAUGGAUGAGACCUGAGGGACAGGAAGAGGAGACCACCUCACCCAUCGGUCCCUGUCCCGCUGCGUCGGUCCAUCAUGUUGCGGCUCUCACCAGCAGAACUCUAACCCGAACCAUUCAGACCGUCCAGCAUGUACGGACCUUCAGCCAUGGAACCAGAACCAGAACAGGACCUGACCAUCGUCCUGCUGGGGAACACUGGCGUGGGGAAGAGCGCGUCGGGAAACACCAUCCUAGGCCGCGCGGCGUUCAUGUCCCGGGCGUCCUUCAGUUCCAGCAACAUCCCUGUCAGAAAGGAAGCGGGUCGGGUCUUCGGGACGCCGGUCCAUGUCGUGGACACGGCCGGGAUCCUGGAGUUCGAGGAGCAGAUCCGGUCCUGCUGCCAGGAAGUUCAGCGGACCAGCCGGGCUCACCUGUUCCUGCUGGUUCUGAAACUGGACCGCUUCACCCAGGAACAGAACCGGGCAGUCGAGGCAUCCCUCAGGGCAAUCGGGGAGCAGGGCUUUAACCGCUGCUUCCUGCUCUUCACCCACGGAGACGCCCUGAAGGACACCUCGUUAAGGGAUGCCGCCUCGUUAAGGGACGCCGCCUCGUUAAGGGACUCCACCCUGAGGGACUUCGUGUUCAGGGACGAGCAGAGCCCGCUGCCGGAGGUGGCUCGUAGGUUCUGUGGGAGGAUGCACCUGUUCAACAAUGAGGACAGAGGAAGACAGCAGGUCCAGGAGCUGCUGGUCAAGGCUGGACACCUGCUGCUACCUGAAGAAACGUCCAGUGAUGGGGCGGACCGGGUCACGGGUCCUGAUGGUCGAAAUGGUUCUGCUGGUUCUGAAUGUCUUGCUGGUUCCAUUGCUCCGCUGAGGGACAGGAGGAUUGUCCUGAUUGGACCAGCUGGUUCUGGAAAGAGUUCUGCUGGGAACACUCUGCUCGGGUUCCGACGCUUUGAACCAGACUCGGACUUUGCCGGAGUGCGGUCAGACCCGGAGCGCAGUUCUGCUGAGGUGGGCCGGGUCCAGCUCACUGUAGUGGACACAGUCGGACUGCCGGAGGAUGUUCUGACCCUGAAACGGCUGGUUAUGGAACUCCAGGCCCGGAUGUACCUGGCGGAACCGGGACCUCACGUACUGGUUCUGGUGCUGAAGAUCGGCCGGCUGAGCUACGGUUCUACCCAGCUGCUCCGCUUGCUGACCCGGCUGCUGGAGCAGAACCAGAACCUGGCCCAGCAUGCUGCGGUUCUGUUCACCCACAGAGACGCCCUAGGGGGGCGGAGCCUGACAGACCGGGUCCAGGCCAGCAGCUGUGUGUCAAACCUGCUGACCUGCUGCGGCGGCAGGCACACGGUUCUGGAUAACACUCAGAACCGGGACCAGGUCCAGGUGGAUCGGUUCCUACACCUGCUGGACCAGAUGGUCCAAGAGAACUCUGGCCGGUUCUUGAGCCCAGCUGACUGGAACUUGCCACCAGAUCCGGGUCAGACGUUCUGGAGCAGACUGAGAGGAUCGGGUCUGCUCAGGGUUCUGUCUGUAGUCGGGUCGGUCCACAUUUUGUUGGUCAAUAACCAGAACUAUCGGUUCUGCUGCUGACCCACAGACAUGGGACCAGGCCCGGUCCUGGUUCUGGUCCAGGCUCCAGUUCUGAAUACAUCUGUCCAGGUUCUAAACCAGAGACAAUAGUUUUUAUUUUUCUG